UUUUAGCUGCUACUGAUGCUCCGAGAUCCCCAGGUGGACAGGAUUGGACAAAACUUCCCAAUCUAUUUGGAAUCCUCCCUUGGUGCGCAUCAAUUAUUCAGGCAAUCCCGGAGGCCGGCGCAGAAGAACCUUGAGAGAUGGCCAUGGCUACACAAAACCCUGUGGUUCAGAAGAAAGUCGUAAUACCAAACAAAUAUGGCGAAAAACUCGUGGGCAUAUUGCAUGAAACUGAAUCUCCAGAUAUCGUAAUCUUAUGCCAUGGUUUUCAUUCGUCAAAGGAAUAUAAUACCAUGGUGAACCUUGCUGCUGCAUUGGAGAAUGGAGGAUUUAGUGCCUUCCGCGUUGACUUUGCUGGAAAUGGGGAAAGUGAAGGUUCAUUUCAGUAUGGUAACUAUUGGAGAGAGGUUGAUGACCUACGUUCUGUAAUCCAACACUUUUCUGAAGCCAACCGUACAAUAAGGGCAAUUCUUGGGCAUAGUAAAGGAGGCAAUGUUGUGCUACUUUAUGCUUCUAAAUACCAUGAUAUCUCCAGGGUUGUCAAUGUUUCUGGCCGUUAUGAUUUGACAGAAGGCAUUGUAGAACACCUGGGGAAAGAUUUUAUGCAAAGAAUCAAGGAGGAUGGAUUCAUAGAUGUAAAGUUUACUUAUCAAAAAAAAGAUGUAGAGAAUAAAACAGGAAGUGUUAAUUUUCGGGUGACUGAGGAAGGUUUACUGGAACGACUAAGUACAGAUAUGCAUGAAGCAUGUCUUCAUAUUAGCAAAGAGUGCUGGGUCUUGACUGUCCAUGGAACUGAAGAUCAAAUCAUCAGUAGUUCCGAUGCAGUAAAGUUUAGCAAGAUCAUACCGAACCACAAAUUACAUAUCAUAGAAGGAUGUGAUCAUGGAUACGCUCACUAUCAAGGAGAUCUGGCCUCAGUUGUUUUGGAUUUUAUAAAGGGAGCUUCUUCAGCGCAACAAGGUUCCACUAGCUAAACACUUCUGUGCCCACCAGCAUAUCUAGAAUAAUAUGAAGGCAACAUCAGAUCUUACAGGCAUAUAUUGAGCUUUCUAAGCUUGCUAAUAAUGUUGAAUUAACUGUUACUGCAACUGCAAGUGUGUGGUAAAAUGUGAUUGAAUUCUACAUUGUGCCUUUUCUUUUAGACAAUCAUGAUCUCAGUGUAUUAGGCGAGGGUUGUGUUGAGUUACUAGGUAGUUUGUAUUUUCAGCUGUGAAGGCCAAUUGUGUUCUUGGGUUGUCAUCCGUGGAGCGGCUCCCCUCCAACAAAAGUUCCUCCGGCAUCCUCCUGCUUUUAAAUGGGAGGAUGCCGGUGUAUCUUUUUUCUUUUAUUGGUGAAUAAAAUUUUAUUGAUCAUAAAAAUAGACAAAAACUCAAGUAUAAGUGCACCGCAUAGUGCAUAUACAUGCUAGUUUAGUGAUAUCCAGCAUGUAAAAAUUGAUCGAAUGGUUAAACACCCGCUGCCUUUAAAGCUGAGAGGAGCAGCGAGCGAGAGGAUUUUUAAGCAUUCGAUCGAUUAUAAGAAGCGUGGCAUCCUAUCAUUUAAAUCAAAGAGGAUGGGGGUCGAACCUUUGUUGAAGGGAAGCCGCUUCCCAUCGUCUGUUGCUUGAAUUGUUAAGAACUUCAUAAUGAGAGACCUCUCUACCCCUUUUGUGUGGAAGAGGAUUGUGGGAUUGUUCAGAUUAACUAGUGUUAUUUGUGUCA